AUGGCCGACGCGGUGGCCGACGACGGCCCGGCCACGCCCGCCGUCGCGCAGCCGGAGCCCGCCGACCAGGCGACCCCGGAGCAGCCGGCGAGCGACGACACUGCCGGCGCAGGAACCGAGGCGAAGAAGCCGCGGCGCAACCGCGAGCUGCCGAAGGAAACCCCGACGCGCACGAUGCCGUCGCGGCGCGGCAAGCCCACCAACUUGUGUGAGCGACCUCCAAGGAAAGAGGGGACGGGCGUCAUCCGGCGGAAGCGGCCGCCGAUUCAGCGCAAGGACGUGGUGAAGGAGAAGGCGGAGCUCAUCCCGAUCAGCAAGCUGAAGGAGAUGGUGGCGGACCGGCGCAAGAAGCGCAACGGCAAGGAGCGCGUCGACCAGGAGCGCGACACCAUCUGGGCGCAGCUCCUCCGGCGCACCAAGGGCCAGAUCACGCGCCUGGGCCACGAGUACCAGCUCCUGCAGGCGUACCAGGCCGAGGGGUGGCGCGGGUCGAAGCAGAACAUCGCCGUGCAGACGAACGAGAUCCAGCGCGCCGAGGCGCAGCUCACGAAGAGCAAGGAGAUGAUCCGGGACUGCCUGAUGCAGUGCGAGGAGGCCGGCGGCCUCCCGCGCCUGCCGCCCGAGUGCUUUGACGAGAAUGGGGACGUGGACGUGCACCACCUCAAGUGCUCCAUUUGCGGCAAGUCCGAGUGCACGGAGGAGAACGACCUCGUGCUGUGCGACGGCCACGGGUGCGACCGCGCGUACCACAUGGACUGCCUGUCGCUUGCGGAGCGCGAGGCGCUCGCGGCGGCGCUGAGGGCGGGCGAGGAGCUCGAGAAGCGCGAGGCGGCCGCGGAGGACGGCGACGCGGAGCCGGCGGCGCCGCCGUCGGAGUUCGGCUCCGUGGGGGGGGAGUCGGAGCCGGACGACACCUGGUUCUGCGGGCCGUGCGACGCGCGCGCGGGCAUCAUCGAGCAGAUCAACGCCUUCUUCGGCACCGAGUACGACCUCGAGACCAAGGUCGGAGACAUCUUCACCGAAGACCUGCACCCCGACUUCCUGGAGGGCGGCGCCGAGUCGCUCUUCGCGUUCCUGCACAGCGGGCCGCUCGCCGCCGCGGCCGCGGACGACGCCGACGCGCCGAAGCCCAAGCCGAAGCCGGCCGGCGGCACGGGGCUCCUGCUGGGGGACGACUUGCCCGACACGGACGACUCCGAGGACGAGGACUUCAACAACGUCGACUCCGACCCCACGGGGGAGUCCGAGGGCCGCUCGGACGCCGACUCCGGCUCGGACGCGGGCGGGCAGACGGACGACGACGACGAGGAUCCCGAGGAGGUGCUGCGGGGGCUGGCGGAGGAGGGCGAGGGCGCGGCGGGCGGCGGGGGGGGCGAGAGCGGCGAGGAGCGCGGGCGCGGGCGGCGGCGCGGGCGCGUGGACUACGCGCUGCUCGCGGCGGAGCUGUUCCACGGGCACAACGAGCACCACGACGACACGUCCGACGGCGAGGACUUCGACGUGGAGAAGGAGCGCAAGGCGGGCAAGGGCAAGCGGCACGGGUACGACACGGACACGGAGAUCGAGGCGUCCGACAAGGAGCGCGAGAAGGCCGAGAAGAAGCGCCUGCGAGAGGAGGCCCGGGCAAAGAAGCGGCAGGAGCGCGCCAAGGCCCGGCAGGCGCAGGCGGCCGCGCGCGGCGAGCGGCGCGGGCGCCCCCCCGGCGCCAGCGGCCGCGGUCCGUCCGGGCGCGAGGUCUGGGAGGAGAAGGUCAAGGCGCUGUUGCAGUACAACAAAGACCACAACGGCAAGCUGCCGUCGCGGACGUUCGAGGUCCCGCACGAGCAGUUCGGGCCCCUGCGCAUCGGCGUGUUCGUGCAGGCCGUCAAGGAGCGCUUCGAGCUGCUCGACAUGGGCCGGCAGCUGCAGCUGUGCCAGGUGUCAGGGUUCCGGCGCUGGCUGAUCUGCAAGGGCCUGCUGCCGGAGGAGGCGCCGCCGCUCGAGGGCUUCGACGACGAGGAGGAGAAGCGGCAGGCCGCGCUGCGCGGGGAGGGCGAGCGGCGGCCCGCGAAGCCGCGGAAGGACAGCACGUGCAAGAUUUGCGGGAGCCGCGAGCACAACAGGCGCCGGUGCCCGGAGAACCCCGAGAACGUAGGGCGGGACCUCGCUGCGCCGCCGCGCGGCCGCCUGGGGGCCGACGGGCAGCGGCGCCUGCUGGCCUGCACCAUUUGCGGCAGCAAGGAGCACAACCGCCGCCGGUGCCCGCAGAACCCCGAGAACGAGGGGAAAAGCCUCGACGGACGCGGGUGCUACACCGGCGGCCGGAAGCCCGUGUCCAGGGCGCGCCGCAGGGCCGGGGACGACGACGAGGACGGCGACAACAACGCCGAGGCGCAGCCCGCGGGCGAGAACGAGAACGCGGACGGCGAGGGUGCGCAGCACGCAGGCGGCGAGGAGGAGAAGGGAGGGGAGGACGCCGGAGAGAAGGCGGGCGUCGUGCAGAAGGAGGCGGAGGCGGCGGAGGCGGAGGAGGAGGCAGGUGCUGAGCCCAGCGCGAAACGUGCCAAGCACCACUAG